AUGGAAGAGGAGAAUAUUACGAGUAGAGAGGAUGAAGAUGAGGACAGCGAGUGCUCCUCUAGCCUGAGAGAAUUCCUAAUGCUCGAAAGGCUCUGUGAGGAGUAUGAAGAGGCGAAGCAGAGGAGGGAGAGAAGAGAUCAAGGGAACUUAGAAAGGCCAUUAAAAAGGUUUAGAGGUGGCCAGUUGAGCACGAUAGAGGAGGAGGAAGAAGAAGAAGAAGAGGAGGAUGAGGAAGAGGAGGACAGUAGUGUGAGAGAAAUAGGAGAGGAAUAUGAACUCCCAGGUGACUGCCAUAGAGAAGAAGGUAGAGAUGUGGGCUCCGGAGACGGCAUCCACAUACAAGGGGAGAAGUUAAUGUCAUUAGAAGAGUUCUGUGGAGAGACUUUUGCAAUCUCUCCAACCUUUAUCGAGGACAUCAUGGUGGAGAGCAGAAUCUUACAGAGAAGGCUUGAACAAGCACACGAGGAAUUUGGAAACAGAAAAGUCUGCGACGGAAAGGCACCUGCAAACCCAAGUGACCUUCAACAACUCAACUCAUCUCUUCUCGGCUACCCUCCUCUCCGUCUCCUCCUCCUCCUCCUCCUUACUUUCGAUCCAGAAAAUGAUUAA